GGAUAAAGUUAGAAAUAAACAGCGUUUAUGACUUUGUAGCUGUGGUAACUAGUGGCGACCUCAUGCAGUAAAGUGGACAUUCGUGCCUACAGAAAACUUGAUUGCCACGGCGAGAACGUGAAUUAAUUUGCUAUUUAUUUGCAGCGUCAACAGUUGUCUCCAGGUGCGAUGUCCAAGAGUACAUCUUCAAAUUACUUUUGUAUCAUAUUGUUGAUACUGUUAACACGAAUUCCCUUUAUCUUACAAGGCUCUGAAAUGCAUUUGGCUAAGCCAUCUUUUGAAGUAUCUUGCACAAAUAAUGCAAAAGAAGAAAUGUGCAAUUCCACCACAGCCUGUGGAUGGAAUGGUUUCCUGAAACAAGUGCAAUUUAUUUGCUCUAAAGUUUGGAACGGCGAGUUCCAAUGCAAGCAUGAAAUAACUGAACCUUCGGAGAAAGAAACAUGUAAAAAACUAAUGGAGAAUUUUUGCAAAAAUAACUCCGAAUGUGGAUUCAAUCCCUCUGCUAUUAUUAACAACAAUGCUUUAAAAUGCACCAUAAAGAUUAAACAAGCAUUGUCGACACAAUCAAUUGUGUCAGCAGUGAAAGCGGAUGAACCCAGAAAUGAAACAUCUGGAAACGACGCAAAUUCCAACUGGUCGAACAAUUUCACUUGCAUUUUCAUUUGCAUUUGCAUUGCCAGCAUUAUUGGAUUUUUCAUUGGAUUUUACAUUGGAUUUUGUAUUGAUUGUAGUUGUCUGGAGAGAAAUAUGGAUCGUCGCCGUGGUAACAGGUACACUGCAGUACCUGUAGAAGUGGGCCUAAACUAAAGUUUUAUGUAACUUCCAGCACACAGACAAGCCAACUCAAUCUGAGUUUAACAGAGUCUAUUUGUUUCAUUUAUUUAUUUUGUAUUUUGGGUGCAUUAUUUUUGUCUGAG